GGGAUGGGAGUCUUUUCCUUUCUCCAGCACCCACCCACCGCGAAGCGGCCCCCAGGCUAAGGACCGGGCUAAGGCCGCGCCGGGACCGAGUCCCACCUGGCCAGCGUCAGGAUGGGGAAGAAACUAGUGACGGCCCAGAAGCGAGGGGAGACCCGAGCGCUUUGUCUAGGUGUGGUUAUGGUAUUUGGCUCGGUCAUCGCCUACUACAUCCUGGGGACCACCCUGUUGCCCCUGUAUCAGAAGAGUGUGUGGUCACAGGUCUCCAAGUGCCAUCUGAUUGAGGCCGACAUUAAAGACCAGGAGGAGCUGGCUGGCAGGAGUGUCCCCCAGUACCCCUGCCUGUGGGUCAAUGUGACUGCCUUGGGAAAAUGGGCCAUGCUGUACCACACAGAGGAGACGAAGGAGAAAAAUCAUCAGUGCUCAUACAUACCAACCCACCUGGAGAACUACCGCAAAGCAAGAUUAGAUGUGGAGAAAAUUAAGGCGAAUUUCAAAGAGCACCAGGCUUUCCUUUGCUACCACGACCCUGAGGAAAAUGAGAGAAGCGUCCUGUACAUGCGACUCUAUGGGCCCCAGGUCCUGUUCUCCUCUCUCUUCUGGCCAACCUUCAUGCUGAUCGGGGGUGUCCUGAUCAUUAUUAUGGUGAAAAUCAAUCAAUCACUUUCUGUACUCGUGGCUCAGCACUAGGCAAUAAACAUGGGACAACUCAAACCACUCUGCAAUGGAUACCCUUGCCCUGGCCCUCAGAAAGAUUCCUCUUUCCUAUCUAUUCUCUCAUACUUGCAUAGUCCUUUCACCUCACUCAGAAUCCUGGGGCACAGGAGGAGAAAUCAGGUAAAUAUUUCCCUUUACCCAUCCUAGCCUGACUGAGUGGCAGUGAAGCAGAGAACCUACUCCAUGUUAAACAAAUGCCUGCCAAUUUCACACACGGGACCCAGACUACAGAUCCAUGCCAAAUAGCUAUCGGACACUACUGGUUUCUGCAUAGAUGGUGUGGUAUCUCCUCAUGUGUGCUUGCUAAUUUUGUUGAGCAGGAAACACUGGUUUUAGAGGAAAAAGAACCUUCAGUAGCCAAACCAAAGAUGAACUCGUUCAUUAAAUACAGUAACUCUGAAGUGGUUUUUUUUCCCUUCAGAAAAGUGCCUUAUAAGUGUAAAAAUUGCAGUAAAAAGGUACAUUGAAGGCCAGGUAAUUAAGUUCCAAAUCUGGAGGCUCUGAAAGUUAAGCCAUUCUGGAGGGCAAGGAUUUUUCAAUAA